AUGGCAGACACACUCUCUGCUUUGAGGUCUUCCAUGGCUUCUCACUCUCCACCUCUUCACGCCUUAAUUGUUCCCUCAGAAGAUUAUCACCAGAGUGAAUAUGUCUCUGCACGAGACAAACGUCGCGCUUUCGUUUCUGGAUUCACCGGAAGUGCUGGUUUGGCACUUAUAACAAAGAAUGAAGCACUGCUUUGGACCGAUGCACGUUAUUUUUUGCAGGCUGAACAACAACUUAGCGGUCAAUGGAAGCUAAUGCGUCUCGGUGAAGAUCCUGCUGUAGAUAUCUGGAUGGCUGAUAACUUGCCAAAAGAUGCAGCAAUUGGGGUUGACCCUUGGUGCAUUUCAAUUGAUACUGCUCAAAGAUGGGAACGCGCUUUUGCCAAAAAACAACAGAAGCUGGUCCAAACAACAAAAAAUUUGGUAGAUGAAAUAUGGACAAAUCGUCCACCAGCGGAGAUUAAAGCUGUCGUUAUACAACCAUUAAAGUUUGCAGGCCGCUCUGUCACAGAUAAGUUGCAAGAUUUGAGAAAAAAGUUUGCACAGGAGCAUGCUCAAGGAUUAGUAGUAACAGCACUCGAUGAAGUUGCUUGGCUGUAUAAUAUUCGAGGAAAUGAUGUGGCAUACUGUCCCGUUGCUCAUGCAUUUGCUAUUGUGACGUCCAAUUCUGCCUUCAUUUAUGUGGACAAGCAAAAGGUGUCUAUCGAGGUAAAAACUCAUUUUGAGGAGAAUGGAAUUGAAAUCAAAGAAUAUACAGAAGUAAGCGUAGAUGCGGCAUUGCUUGCGACUGAUGAGCUUGAUUCCGUGUCAACUGCCAAGAGUGCAAACGGUAAACAUCAAACAGGAGAAGAGAGUAGCAACUUCAUAUGGGCUGAUCCAGCUUCCUGCUGUUAUGCUCUGUAUUCAAAACUGAACCCUGAUACAGUUCUCUUGCAACAAUCACCACUGGCUCUUCCAAAAGCUUUAAAGAACCCAGUGGAAUUGGAUGGGUUAAGAAAGGCGCAUAUUCGUGACGGUGCGGCUGUUGUGCAAUAUCUUGUUUGGCUGGAAAAGAAGAUGCAGGAUAUUUAUGGGGCAUCUGGAUAUUUUUCGGAGGAGAAUACUGUACAAAAGGAUAAACAUUUGCAAUCCUUGAAAUUGACUGAGGUGACCGUAAGUGACAAGCUUGAAGAAUUUAGAGCGUCAAAAGAGCAUUUCAGAGGAUUGAGUUUCCCUACUAUUUCUGCAGUUGGCCCAAAUGCAGCCAUUUGUCAUUAUAAUCCAGAGGCAGAAACAUGCGCUGAGCUUGAUCCAGACAAAAUAUAUCUUUUCGAUUCUGGAGCCCAGUAUCUGGACGGAACAACUGAUAUUACACGAACAGUACAUUUCGGAAGACCUUCGGAUCAUGAAAAAGCAAGCUAUACAGCAGUUCUAAAGGGUCACAUUUCUUUGGGAAAUGCUAGAUUUCCUAACGGGACAAAUGGUCACCAACUUGAUAUUCUUGCUCGAAUUCCUCUGUGGAAGGAUGGUCUUGAUUUUCGACAUGGAACUGGUCACGGUGUUGGGUCCUACCUGAAUGUUCAUGAAGGACCUCAGUUAAUCAGUUUCAGAGCACGAAAUGUACCUUUGCAAUCUUCGAUGACUGUUACAGAUGAACCUGGUUACUACGAGGAUGGAGCAUUUGGAAUAAGAUUGGAGAAUGUGCUUAUUGUCAACGAGGCUGAUACAAAAUUUAAUUUCGGCGGUAAAGGUUACUUAUCGUUUGAGCAUAUUACCUGGGCACCGUAUCAAACAAAGUUAAUUGAUCUGAGCCUUCUAAUUCCAGAAGAAAUAAAUUGGUUGAACUCUUAUCAUUCAAAGUGUAGAGAUAUUUUGGCGCCGUAUUUGGAUGAAGCUGAAAAUGCAUGGCUGAAGAAAGCAACAGAACCUAUAGCUGUGUGA